ACGCGCCUCUGCAUUGCAUUAGUGCUGGAAACGUCACACAGCUGUUCUCGCUGUCAUGUUGCGCUGAUUAUAGACGCGGGAAAACCUCAGAGAGCAUGAGACCCAUCCGAGUGGAUUCUGCCUCGUCCAAUUUAGCCUCGUGCCCGAGCAAAAUAUAAACACGCUUCGCUGUUCUUUUGCUGCAAGGUGACGCAGCGCCGCGGAUCAGUUGGAGUGACGACAACUGCGGCACCAGUCCGAGAGACCCGGGCGGGCGCGCGAGCGAGCGGAUAACGGUCCCCUCUGAGGAAACCCGGGCGCGGUGCUGAUAUGUGUCACCGUUCACAAUGACAACGAGACGAAAGUCCAGCAAACUGCAGCUUCGGCGGUCAAUCAGCGAGCAGCUGCGCGACUCCACGUCUAAAGCCUGGGAUUUACUGUGGAGGAACAUACGGGAGAAGCGACUGGCAGAAAUCGAGGCAAAGGAAGCAUGUGACUGGCUGAGGGCGGCGGGAUUCCCACAGUAUGCCCAACUUUAUGAGGAUUCCCAGUUUCCCAUUGAAAUAUCCGCAGUCAAGAGGGACCAUGACUUUCUUGACAAAGACCUUGUGGAACCUCUUUGCCGUCGACUCAACACUCUGAACAAGUGUGCCUCCAUGAAACUGGACGUGAGCCUCCCCAAGAAGAAAAGUGAGGACUCUGAUGAGGAGGACCUGCUGGCCAUCAGCAAUAGAUGGACAUUUGAGUGGAACAGUCGGCGCUGGUCACGAAUGCAAGACAUCGAUUACCUCUUGGGUAGAGAAGAGGAGGUGGGUGAGCAUCUGCGGACCACUGUGAGCAGCGAGAGCAUCCUGACGGACCUCAGUGAGCCGGAGAUCUGCUCGCUGCACAGUGAAGACUCAUUGGCUGCCAUGCCUGACUCCGCCUCGCUCACCCCACUGCACUUACCCAGAGAGCUGCCUCAUUACAAUUCACUUCCUGCCAAGAGCAGGCGACGUGGACGCACACGCGCCAAAGACUUUCUGAGGAGGAUGGAGACGCUGGGUCGGACGUGGGGGCCAUCGAUGGGUCGCUCAGAGCGACGCUCUUUGGUUAUUAGCGGCCCAGUUCUGCAAAGCGAGCCACAGGCGCUAAAGACUCUACAAUGUGUUCAGAUUUUCAACGAUGGGCCUCUAAACUCUGAAAACAUGCCAUCUGCCAACAACUGCCCAAAUUCGUUGGCCAGCAGUGAGGCCAGUAGCCAAUCGGAGACCAGCGGUAGUACCGGAAGCACGCCGAACACGAAGGGACGUGUCCCGAACUCGUAUCCUCCUGGUAAACGUGCAGGUGUCUACCUCGAAGACAUUGAUGUUCUCGCCGGCGCCCCCCAGAGGAGGAGACCGGUUGAAAAGAGCCGCAAAAAUGAUUUCCGCUCCUAUGACGAGCUAUUGGUGCAUAUCCCGAAAGAUCACAAACCCGGUACCUUCCCUAAAGCGCUGUCGAUCGAGAGUCUGACCCCAGCCAGUAAGGGACAAAGAAACUGGAAGGUUCUGGAUUCAGAGCCACAGUUGUACAAGUGCAGGAAAGUCCGGCCCGUGACACGCUGCUGUCCGCGGGGAAGCAGAAUCAGCGUGUACGACAACGUACCCGGCUCACACCUGUAUGCGAGCACGGGCGACUUAUUGGACCUUGAAAAGGAGGAUAUAUUCCCACAUUUAGAUGACAUACUGCAGCAUGUGAAUGGCUUACAGCAGAUCGUGGACCAUUGGUCCAAAAACGUCCUGCCAGAGAGUGAAGGGGAGGGGGAGGGCAGCAGGGGGCGGGACCAGAGGGUUGUUGACGGCCAAUCUUCCAGUCAGAUCACGCUGGACUUUGAGGGGACCUCGGUCGAAGGCCUGACCACGCCGAGCGAUGCCAACAGGGACGGGGUUUCGUUAAAUGGCACGGACACCUCCAGCACCAGAGAGAGGAGGGACUCGGGGGUGGGAGCUUCUCUCACACGGCCACACCUUAGAUGGCCAAGCUUCAGGAUGUCAAACCUCCUCAGCCAAUCAGGAAUCUCGCUUCAGAUAUCUAGCCAAUCAGUUGGCCAGCUUAGCUUGCUGCAGAAAUUCUCUUUAUUGCGUCUCACUGCUGUGAUGGAAAAAUACUCCAUGUCCAACAAGCACGGGUGGACUUGGUCAGUGCCAAAAUUUAUGAAGAGAAUGAAGGGACCAGACUACAAGGAUAAGGUGGUUUUUGGCGUUCCUCUGAUUGUCCACGUCCAGCGGUACGGACACCCUUUGCCCUUAAGCUUACAGCUCGCCCUGCGCUAUUUAAGGAGCCAGUGUUUGGACCAGGUGGGACUUUUCCGCAAAUCUGGAGUGAAGUCUCGUAUUCAGGCUCUCAGGCAAAUGUGCGAAACCUCCCCAGAAAAUGUGAACUACGAGGAUCAGUCCGCGUAUGACGUGGCGGACAUGGUCAAACAGUUCUUCAGAGACCUGCCCGAGCCUCUCCUCACGAGCAAAAUGGGCGAGACCAUCCUCCACAUAUACCAGUAUGUCCCUAAAGAACAACGCUUACAGGCCGUGCAGGCAGCUAUCAUGCUAAUGGCCGACGAAAACCGUGAUGUCCUGCAGACGCUGCUGUGCUUCCUAAAUGAUGUCACUUCCUCUGUUGAGGAGAACCAGAUGACCCCCAUGAACCUGGCAGUGUGCCUCGCUCCUUCUCUCUUCCACCUCAACAUCAUGAAGAAUGAUAACCUGUCACCGAGGUCUAUUCAGAGGAAGUACGCCACUGGGCGGCCAGACCAAAAGGACCUGAAUGAGAACCUUGCGGCCACUCAGGGGCUUUCGCACAUGAUUGCUGAGUGCAAUCAGCUGUUUGAGAUUCCUCAGGAGAUGCUCUCUCAGUCCAGGAACUCGUACAUGGAAGCUGAGCUGCUGGCGCCCUCUUUGGACGAGCUCUGUAAAAAACAGUCACAACAGGACGAGGAAGAGGAAGAAGAGGAAGAAAGUACAUAUCACUCUUAUCUGGAGAGCCUGAUACAGAAUUUGAUGAAAGAGGCCAAAGACAAGACCAAAGGCUGGGUGGCCAGAUCAAAUAUUGACAAUACUGAGCUAUCAUUCAAAAAGGUGGGAGACGGGACCCCGUUGAGACGCUGGCGUGUUUCUGCAGAGGUGGAGGCUCCUCCAUCAGUGGUGCUGAACCGAAUACUGCGAGAGCGCCACCUGUGGGACAGUAACCUGCUGCAGUGGAAGGUUCUGGAAACUCUGGACAAGCAGACAGAAGUGUACCAGUAUGAGCUGAACAGCAUGGCUCCUCACCCCAGCAGAGACUUUGUGGUGCUCAGGACGUGGAGGACAGAUAUGCCAAAAGGAGUGUGUGUACUGGUGUCACUGUCGAUCGACCACGAGGAAAGCCCACAGCUGGCCGGAGUGAGAGGGGUCGUUCUGGAAUCACAGUAUCUGCUUGAACCGUGUGGAUCUGGCAAGUCCAGACUCACACACAUAUGCAGAGUUGAUCUGAAAGGAAAGUCUCCAGAGUGGUACAACAAAGCUUUCGGCCAUCUCUGUGCUAGCGAGACCGCUCGCAUCCGCAACUCCUUCCAGGUUUUGGAUCCCGAGGGUCCAGAGACCAAAAUCUGAGCCGGGCUACGUGGAGAGAGGCGUGAGGGACGAACUUAGAGAGAUUCACAACAGAAGACAAGAGCAAAUGGAAGUGUUAUUUGUGUUUCUAGCCCCCCCUAAACAACAACAAACUGCCAUGUCCUGUUGGUUUAAUAGACUGUGGAUCAUUGGGAUUGGUUUUAGAGUGUUUUACCCCUUAUAGGGCAUUUAAUUUAGUCCGUUUAUUUCAUAUAAAUGUAUGCAGCUGUUCAAAACUGCCCCUUUUGAAAUGGCAUUUGUUGUGUGUUUUGGGGCAUGUGAUUAGAGAAGAGAAAAGAUGGACAGAGAAAGUGACAGAGACAGACUCCAGUGUAGCCAUAAAGCCAUGCCUAUAAAAAAAAAAGUCAUAAUGCUGCUUCCUGUUGUCCAGUCUUUACCACAGCAGACAGCUUUAACUAGCACCUUCAGAGCCUCGCUUACAACAAACAGAUGUGGAUGACAAAUCAAAACACAGCAGGUCUGGUUUAGUUUUACCAAGCACUUCAAAUUUAGGUACCUUACAUUAUAUAAAACUCUGUAUUUAGGUGUUUUAUCCUCAUUUGAAUGAAGCUAGUGUUACAGUGACUACAUUUUGAGCUAAGAUUGUACCCUGGUGACGUAUUGUUGUGAAGUAAGCCCAUAUUUCUAAAGUUCUGUUGAAUAAUGUUUUUUAUCGUUACUUAAGUCUUUGAUUUCAUUCACUGUUAAGCAAUAAUGCAUUAUCAUGAUAGAUGCACUAGUAAUGUGCUCUUCUGACAAUGCAAUAAAAUCAAACAAAGUUGUAAAUAAUAUAGGCAAUGCUAAUGAUUGUUGCAAUUACGGUAUGGAUUAUUAUUAUUAUUGCUGUCAUAUUUUGUUAUAUGUUGCUGUGUCACACUCUACAAUGUCUGGGACAUGAAUUCAUUUCACUGCUUCUGAGAAGCAUGUCUAUUUUAUUCACAAAGCUGUACAUUUGUGUGUGUUUAUGUAUAAAUGUGUAGAUACAAUUCCGGUUGUAAA